AGGGAUCUGCCGUCAAAGCCACCCAGGAAAGGAGGCCUGAUGCGCUCAUUAAUAUUCCCAACUAGUGACCCUUCCUCCUCUUUCCUCCCCUUCCCGUCCUCCCAGCCCGCCAGCCUCUCCCAGCCUCCGAUGGCUGCAGCCCCCUCGCGCUGAGUCAGUCGUGCCCUCCCCGCAGCACUGCAGCAGCUCCGCAGCCUCCCGCAGCGCCCGCCGCCUCCGCGCCAUGGCCAGCACCGUCUCAGCCUACAAGGAGAAAAUGAAGGAGCUGUCUCUGCUCUCCCUCAUCUGCUCCUGUUUCCACACCCAGCCUCAUCCUAAUACCAUCUACCAGUAUGGAGAUAUGGAGGUGAAGCAGCUGGAUAAGAGGGCAUCGGGCCAGAGCUUUGAAGUGAUCCUGAAGUCCCCUUCGGAUUUAUCUCCUGAGAGCCCAAUCCUCUCCUCUCCCCCCAAGAAGAAGGAUCUGUCCCUGGAGGAGCUGCAGAGGAGGCUGGAGGCUGCCGAGGAGAGGAGGAAGACCCAGGAAGCGCAGGUGCUGAAGCAGCUGGCGGAGAAGCGGGAGCACGAGCGGGAGGUGCUGCACAAGGCCCUGGAGGAGAACAACAACUUCAGCCGGCUGGCCGAGGAGAAGCUCAACUACAAGAUGGAGCUGAGCAGGGAGAUCCGCGAAGCACACCUCGCCGCCUUGAGAGAGCGGCUCCGCGAGAAGGAGCUGCAUGCGGCUGAAGUUCGCAGGAACAAGGAACAGCGGGAGGAGAUCUCUGGAUAAAGGGCUUUUCUACACAUCCAGCACCUGGUUCCUGUUAACAAAUCGACCAACCCACACAUUUUAUUUUGUUUGUCUAGAUGCAACAUUUGGGUCUCCAUUCUUUCCCUUCCCUGGUGUUAGUGCCCCAGCUACACGCUUCUAUCUCUGCAUCCUUAAUCGUUCAGUACUCGUGGGGAUUCACAGAUCAUAGGGACCUCUAAGCAGAAUAGCAACUAGUUCACGUGAAAUAUAGGAUCAAUGAAUCAGUCAAUCAAACAGCUUCUUGGGGGGGUUGUCUUUUUUUAAAAGAUAUUUCUUAAACUGAUGUAAAGAAUUAAGUUAUUAAUAAAUUCAACCAGCAGUGUCA